UCAUAUAUUCCUUUCUUCACUGCUUCGGUGGAGAACCUCUUCAUUCUGUAUCUUGUUACAAUGUCAACCAGACUUCUAAUAGGAGCUGCCAGUGUUGCUGGAUGUCUCCUAGGAAUACUGCCUGUGGAUUAUUUUACAAGAUGUACAGCAUGGUCUGUUUUGGGGCUCAGCUUAACAAAUGUAUCUGCCCAAGAAAACAUGACAUUGUUUGACUUUACAACAAGUAAAUCUCUGCAAGAUUGGUAUGAAGUAUCUGAUACAGUGAGAACUGUGGGAAUGUCAAAAGCUGUGCUUGCACUGCAAAAAACACAGAUAUUUCAACGUGCUGUAUUUUUUACAAUGUUGAAUCCUCAGCCUAAUGGUGCAGGAUUUGCUGGUGUACAGACGAGGACUGACAUAAAUCUUCAGGAUUAUAAUAAGCUUUUGCUGCAUGUUCGGGGUCAAGGCAGUAACUCAGGCUACAAAGUAGUCCUUCAUCAUAAAGGACUUAAUUCUGAGCCACAUCCAUCAUACGAACAGUUAUUUACAGCACCUAUGGGUUCCUUUGGCACAGUAGAACUUCCUCUCAGUGAAUUUAAACCUUAUUUUCGUGGGAGGGCUCUGAAUUCAUCAGAAGCUGGACCAUUAGACAAAAGCAGCAUAACAUCAUUUGGAAUUCAAGUUUAUGGUGGUGUAUAUCUCCCAGUGAAACAGUCAGGGACGUCAUCACUUGAAAUAGACUGGAUCAAAGCAGAAAAAUGAAAUAACUAAAAUCUUGGUUACAUUUGGUUUUAGUUUUCACUUUUGACUAAUGUUUAUAUUUUGUACUCAUUUUUAUAUUUUGUAUUCAGAAUUUUGAAAAUGGAUAUAUGAUUCCAUUUUUUGUGCAUUGUGAGCUCGUUGUUAUCUGGAGUAACUGGAAGUAAAAUUUAUUUGUUAAUGUUGUAUAAAAAAUCUUAUUGAAUUAAUAUAAUUGUAAACAGAACUCAAUAUAUUAGCUGGGAAAAGUCAUCUGUGAUAUUUAUAUCCUGUGAAGGGAGACUACUUUUCCUGUACAGUUUACAUUCAACUUUGCAAGUUGUGCCUAAAUUGUAACUGGCAUGCCAACCAACCACAUCGAUGACUCAGCAGAAUUCUACACAUUAAACUUACAGUAGAUUUAAAAGUGUUCCUUACCUAUGAUUCUUCAGUAUAUCAUUUCUUUACACUUCUGUAUUAACCCAAUUCAGAAUUCACUAAAGGCAGAGAUUUUGGGAAAACAAAGAGUAUCCUACUUCCCUUUCUUCACUGCAGCAGUCUCUGCACAUAACCUAGUUGGUUCCCUUCACCCUUCAAUUCUCUCUCUGACAAGGCAGAAGAAAAUGUGAACAAAUAAUUAUUUUCCAUGUAACUUGCAUUCAUCAUCACAUGUGAAUGAGUGAGUGAAUGAACAUGUCCCUUUGUCCUAUUGAUGUCUUCAUCAUUAAUUUGACUUGUUAAUUAAUGGAGUAUAAACUUAACAACAAUAAAAUUUUCUGUUAUGUUGCCUG